AGUGUGAGUGAGAGGGAAGGAGAGGGAGUUGGCAGAGCACUUCCCUUUUCUCCAGAACUGCAGCCGACUGCCUUUCAGUUGUCCGGGAGCCGUUGAGUGGUUGAGCCAGGAGUGUGCAAGUUCUGGAAAAGCUCUGUGGAACGCAUCGCAACAAGAAAAAAUGAGGAUGACCAAAUUAUAACCUAAGUCAGCACUGAGUGACGUUGGCACAAUGUUGCCAAACUUCGCCUACCUGUGCACCUGUGCCAUGCUGGGCACAACACUUGCACAAAGUGGCACCACUGUACCACAACCAUUAACCAUCAUCACCACAACACCACAUCCCACUGCUGCAACCAGUGGCACAGCAACAACAGUGGUACCAACCACCACCACCACCAUCACUACAGUUGCACCACCAGGAAGCACAACAGCUGGCACAAGUCCUACCACUGGCGCCAGUCCACCGGCCACUGGCACAACAGCUGGCUCGCCGACUGUCGUCACCAAUGAGAGUGGCCAGCAGACCUGUCUGCUGUGGCCUGCACCGGGUGCUACACUCUGGCGGACAAAUCAGACAUUACAGCUGUCGCUGCCUUCAAUGGAGGGCGAAGAUGUGAUCUGGGAGGCGUCGACUUUUAUGCAGAGCGGCGACGUGCUACUGGUGAGCAUCAAUGACUCGCUUGUGGAGCGGGAUGGCGGAGGCGGCGAUGCGGCGGGGGCGGCGUCAGCCAAGGGCGGCAAAGCGGAGGCGGCAUCAGCCGGGGGCGGUGAAGCGGAACUCUCCGUCUACUCGGCCACCCGCGCUCACGAUUCGUGCGAUUUGGCCGAUACUGUCCUACUUGACAUUGCGCCCAUGCAGAUCGACGGUAAGCGCGUCAUCGCGCUCUAUGACAAAGACUUGGCUGAUGGCGUCAACAAACUGAUUGUGACUUCUGAAGCAUGGGGUACACACUGCGUUCAACUGAACAUUGUCGUGAAAUCAGACAACUGCGGAGAUAAUCAGGACUGCUCAACAAAAGGACUCUGCUUCACCAACUCAUCUAUGGAUUCGUACGAAUGUCACUGUUGUCCGGGUUUUAUUGGCGUGCAUUGCGAGGAGCAGCAUGCCUGCUACUCGAAUCCCUGCCUGAAUGAGGGCAUCUGCGUCGACCUGUCCCAGGGCCAGGAGGGCAACACCUUCCAGUGUUUGUGUCCCUUCGGCUUCACGGGCAAGUUGUGCCAGGAGACUCGCAGCCCGUGCGACUCGUCGCCGUGCCAACAUGGCGGCCAGUGCCAGCCGAGCAACGAGACGGCGCAGCAGUUCAAGUGCAGCUGUCAGGUUGGCUACAGUGGCAGUCUGUGCCAACACAACUUGGACCGCUGUCUGUCGUCGCCCUGUCUGCAUGGCAUCUGUGUCGACCAGCGCGAUGGCUACCGUUGUUUCUGUCAACCCGGUUUUGCUGGCGACCAAUGCCAGUACGAGUACAACGAGUGCGAGUCAUCUCCGUGUCGCAACGGAGGCACAUGCACCGAUCACAUUGGCAGCUUCUCAUGCACCUGCGGACGCGGCUACACCGGACGCAUGUGCAACAUCAAGGUGGACCUGUGUGAUCCGAACCCCUGCUCGCACCACCACUACUGUGUGGACAAGGGCAACACCUACAGCUGCGACUGCCCCAAAGGCUUCACUGGCACCGAUUGUCUCACACCAACAAAAGCGGCUUGCAGUGCGAACCCAUGCCAUAAUGGAGGAACAUGUUGGAGCAGUAUAGAUUCAUUCUACUGUGCAUGCAGACCAGGCUUCACAGGCAAAAUUUGUAAUGAGGAAGUGGUGUUCGAAGUGAUCCCGAGCUCGAGUAGCGUUGACCUUGGCGAUGGGGACCAGCUGCAGGUGGCAGGGGGAAGGGGGGGCGCUGACGGAGGGGGCAUUGAUCUGCGCAUGCCCAUCACCUUCCACCUCGAUCACCUGCACAAUGUCUACGUGGCAGCUGGCACACUCGCAUGCGCGCUCCUCAUUGUUCUACUCACUGUUGCUGUCUGCCAUUGCCGUAUGCACGAGACGUAUAAGAGGUGUUUUCUACGAGCUACGCCACUCCUACCAUGCAAUGUUACAAGACUUGACUCCGACUUGAAGCCGAGCCGAUUGGACGUGGAACGCGAGCACAUGCAGCCGCUGGCGUCACGCACUUAUCCCGCUAUGGACAAUUCGGACAUGUACUAUGCACUUGACUUCAGCGACAGUCAGAGCUCGCCACUCAUCCAAUAGUCGAGGUGCUAAACAGAGUCCUCUGUCGAGCUGCUAAAAACAGUCCCCGAUCACAGACCUAAACAAACUUCCAAGAUGAAUAGAUCUAUUAACCUUCUUUGAAGAGAUUCAUUUCACACUGCCGGCAUUGAUUGGAUGGGAAGCAUUGAUGUUAUUAGGAAGGUUAGGUGACAUUUUCAAGUGAAUUCCACUACAUCUAUUUAUCUUGGAGCCAUUGGGUGUAAAACCGAUGCAUGAGUUUUUGACCGAAAAAAUACAGAAAGUAGAACAGAAAGUUAUUACUAUCUGUGACAGGGAGUACUAGGUAAAACUAAAUUAUUGUGCUGGACAGAGAACUCUGUCAUUGUAUUAUAACUUAUGAGACUUCAGCGAUGAGCGUUAAACACAGUCCCAAAUUAUUGUAUUAGGCUGAGGCUACUAUGAGACAGACUCAGACCGCUGGAUGAGAAUGUGUUGAAUAGAGCCACAGUUUUCCAUCAUCGCAUUAACUAAAGAGACGCCUGUUUUAUCGAGUGUACCAAAGAAACUGCUGAGUUAUUGUGUGCUCAACAGAAACUUGGGUUAUUUGCCAGGCUUGUUGGGUUAUUGAUGUUACUUGAGAGAGUCCUUCGUCAUUGAGCUAAACAUAGUCCUGAUCCUGAGAUGUGCUAAAAUGAGCUAAUCAUUGAGCUAAAAGCAUCAUUGUGCUAAACUGGGAAGAAUACUGCGCUUUUGGACUCUGUAUAUAUUGGAUUCUCAUUCAGUGUACAGUAAUUAACUACAUACAUGAGGUGAGGAUAGGUGAGCUAUGUGUAAAAAACACAAGCAAAUUAAUUUUUAUUGCAUAAUCUUGAUGGACUGACCUAUUGUUGUACUCCUCCUCCUGCUUUUUAUCUCAGUGUUGAUCUUGCAUUAUUGGCACCAAAAUAAUAAUAGUAUAUUAUGUAAAAUAUUAUUUUUGAAUACUGAAAAUAUAUUAUUAAUGUACGUUGAAAGGUUUCACAGUUUCAUUAAAGAAACAAUCUCCCAGCUCCCUUAAUACAGACAUAACGCAUCAUCCUGCUUACACAGAGCAUUGAAUUUGAGUGGAUGAUAUGGGGCAUCAUCUGAUAUUAUUUACUCUAUAUGAAAUUGUAAAUCAUCAAAUGACAUUUUAUUUAUUAGCCUAAUCAUCCAAAGAAAUUUUCAUGAAAUUGUUUCUAGAUUGAUUUUAAAAUUCAAAUGGAACUCAAAGACAAAAUUGCCAAUUAAAAUAGAAGAAAAUAGAAUUCAAUUCAGUUUGAAUAAUUGCCAUGAAAGAGUUUCCUUGCAAUUUUUUUCCGUUCAAGACCUUCAGGAAAGAUUAUGCUUUGAAGGCAAAUUUCAAAAAUAAUAUUGUAAACCAAUUGAAAUUUAUUUAUUUAAUUUAAGUUAUUUAUUUAUUUAUAAGGUUAGCAAAAAAAAAAUACAAGAAUCGGAAAAGAAAAAACAGGCUAUUGCCUAAAUUAUCUGAAGCAAUCCAGAAUAUGUAUUGAAAAACAUAUCAGCACGUUCAUGCUGCAAUUGUUCUAAUUAGUUGGAACAAAUAGUGUUAUUAUUCAAUGUACUAUUUUAUGUUUCUAAAAAUGUCAUCUCAAGACUCUGCAUAAGAUGCAUAAUGCAAUUUAGGAGUAAUUAUACUAUUUUGACUUAUUGUCAGAAGAUAAUUAAAAGCUGUUGAAUCCUAUAAAUGAGUUCCACUCAUCUGAUAAUAGACAAUUCUUAAAUGAAGUGCAGAUUACACUAAAUUUUUAUGUUUAUGAACUUAUUAGAGCAAACAAACUAGUGAUUCCUACUGAGUUCACUGUUAUCAUUUAUAACUGUAUAGAUCUGACAAUCUUCAUAAAGAAAACCCGGGUCGCUUCUACCAUAAUUUAUUCUUCCUUAGGUAGUUUAUCGAUAGCAGAAAAAUUUAAAACUUUCAUCCUGAGGGUGAGAAACGAUUCUCUAAAACUCUCUGGUUAUUCUAGAUUCUAGUCGAAUUAUCAAACAGCUGAGUUGAGUAUAGUAGAUGUGGAAUGAUGUUUUAUUCCUGAUACAUUUUUCAUUCUCUUUCUCAGGGGGUCCGGGGGUGGUUAGGCCUUCUCCGUUGUCCUUCACAAUUAAAUAUUAUAUUUAUCGCAUGUAAAUAGAUUUUUGAUUGUUUAGAUUAUUUCAUAAUGAUCUUUUCGUAUAUUAUACGCCGAAAUUGCACAGAAAAUUCUAUUACAGUUAUUGAAAAUCAGUUAGACAAUGCUCAAAUGUUCAAUAAAGGUGCCAAAAUGUUUAAAUGGUGUGUGUCUAUGUGGUAUUAUGACGAAAUUUCAUUGUUAAAUUUUUAGUAUUGAAAUGGUGUAUAAAAUAAAAUGAUUCUAUAUAUGCUCAAAUAGUAGUAGAGAUGCGUUUGAUUAUAGCAUUUUGUUCCAUUUACAUUGUAACGAUUUCUUUGAAUUGAUUCAUAAUAGUUUCACAAUCAAACGUUCAGUACUAUCAAUAUUAUUCUAUUCAUUUUCUUAAUAUUACAGAUAAAUGGAUGAUAGGUGUUUGUUAGUACUAUUUGAGAUUUUAUCAGCUUUUCGACAACCCAAAUUUUGAAUUUUGCAAAUCAUUGAUCAUGAAAUCGUUGUUGAAUGGCUAGUGUGAUUCAUGUAACAAAAAUAUGCUUUGUCUAAAUAAAUAUGUUGAAAUUUUAAA